AUGGCGGAAAUGGGCAAGUCAGAGUUGCAAGAGGAAUUCAGCGUUUUUGUCCUCGAACUCCCAGCCGGAGACACACCAGAGGAAGGCACUACACAGGCGCUGGCUCUGGUGGUACUCAGGAGGAGGAAUGGUCUUUUGUUAGCUGUGCUUGUGGGCUACUUCUCGGAGGAGGUGCUUGCAGAAGGGCUCGUAGCUACUUCCGAUGCUCAAGUCGGACAAUCUAUGCCUAUGACUCUCCCGGCUGGGGAGAUGUUAGAUAUCAGUUCAGGAGAGCCUCCAUCCCCUUUGCAAGAUGCAACGGUAGAUCUUGUGCUGGUGGAUGUGACAGCAGAUAUUUGGGACCAUUUGAUUCCCUUCAACUAUCAGCACUACGAUUUGCAGGCACUGCACACUUUCAAUGCAGAUCAGCCGCAUAUGCUUCCUAUGGCAAACGAGUUGACCGCUGCAGCAUGGGCUUGGAUCAUGGACCCCAGCUCAGGGGAGAGAGUGGGCUUCUAUUCCGCGCAAGAGGAGUUUCCAGGCACACCACCUCGCACUCCGAGGGGAAGGAAGUCUCCAAAAGCAAAAGCAGCACCUGGCACUGGAGGAGGAGAAGGAGAAGCAAAGCCGGAUGCCAAGAAGGGCAAACCUACUGUGGCCAGUUUGGCCGCUGUCUUGGAGGGGGUGUCAGCAACCCUCCCUCAGAUCAUGUCAGAGCUCAAGACCCUCAGGGAGAGAGCAGAUCUUAUGGAGGGACAGAUCACCACCGGGACAUCCCGACCAUCAGCAUUGCGACAGCCUCUUGGCAACUUAGCUACGACUGGAUCCUCGGGUGUUGCAAAGGAUUUGUCUGGCCUGCUGCAAGAGAUGCCACCUCCUCGAAGUUCGUUGACCCGGACCCCUACCAAGGGCAGUGCAGUUUCCUUCGCCACUCACCACUCGGCCAUCAAGGAUUCCGGGGAGCUCGAGAAGGAGAAGUUGGAGGAGGAGAGAAACCCAGACCUGACUCGGGCUAUUUUGGCUCACUCCCAAGCUCUUUCGACAUUGGUGACCCAGAUGGCUACAGGGGACUUCAGUCUGGACUCUGGACUCUGGGAGCGGUAUGGGCAAGGAGGAGGCAGAGCAGUGAUCCCUGGUGCAGAUGAGAAGGCUAGUGUGCUGAAGAGGGGAAUUUUGGAGCUUGAUGCAGUCGAGCUUUCUACAUCGUCCAACGCCUUUGACGAUGACCCCUACACUGGUGGACCGAAGGACUACCAGAAUGCAAAAGUGGGGGAGAUCAGUUGUGACCCCUCCUCCUUGCCUACACAGCCCUACACCUCUUUGUGUGCUUCGAGGCUGAAGUUAGUCGGCACUGGAGCUUGGGAUCUCGCUGCUCACCUACAAGAUGAACUUUGGCUGCCCUUUGUCGAACCCAAGAUUGUGCAGCAUGAUCUUGGGCCAGACUUUGACAAUGGGCCAAACUUGGGUCAAGAGAACAGAGCAGAGAACCUUGCCGUGGCAAAGUUGUGGUCUACCAGGAACCUUCUGACCUUGGUUGAGGACCCACCUUACAUGGAUUCCUUUACGAGGAUUUUCAAUGCCUACAAGAAUAGUGAGGUCGACCGCCAAAUCGGAGAUCGGCGACUAGCAAAUUCCACGGAGCAUUCUAUUUGCGGACCUUCACGUUUUCUGCCUGGAGGCUACUUGAUUGCGAAUAUCAGUGUGCCCCCUGGGAAGAGAGCUGUUGGAGCCAUCACGGAUAGAAAGGACUUCUACCACCAGGCGGCUGCAACAAGAGAGAGAGAGAGGUGA